CUUGUGGCUGUAGUAAUGCCACUCUACAAGUGAUUGUGCUAGUCUCAAAAACCACUCGAAUCCCGUAAGGGGGCUUGAGGAGGGUAAUCCCGCAAGGUCAUGCUACUCCAUGAUCGGCAACACGACUCCUGUGUGUCGAAUUGAAUGAUCCCCUUGAUAUAGGACCCUUUGAGCAAUCAUAAGUCGCUGCGAGUUCUCGGGUAUUGAAGAGCUGGACCGGUGAAGAUAGACGGAAUGGACCUUUGAGGCUUUGGGCUAGAAUUUUCGCAGUCUACUUGAUUUUCCUCCGCACUUCGCACUUCGCACUUCGCACUCUCCAUUUGUCCUAUCUGCUUUGUUUCCUCCUUUUAAUAAUGUCUCUUGAUCUAUAUAAGGACACUUGCUGUGGAUGAUGAUUAAUGUGUUUCGAUUUAGGUACUAUAACCACAAAAUGAAAUUCAUUACUCUGAUCGCUACCGGCCUUGCCCUUCUACCUGCCACUGCAGUAGCCCAAGCUGAAGAACCUAUCUUUGAACUUGAGUUUAAGGUUGCUCUUUUUACACAAAAAAAGACAACCGUCCAGUUUGAGUUCCAGAAUAACGACAACGAACGUCUCUUCUUCACUCCCAGGUAUCUCCUUCUGUAUAGUUCCAGUAAUGACGAAGACCCCGUCUACGACGAGAUAGGUGUCGAUAGUCAGCUCGUCAAUCCCAACGACAUUUACCCCUUGACUUUGAGUGCAAACAGCUCGACGCACAUUUUAGGCCACGAAAACGCUGAAUUUAGCUUCACGUUUGAGGUCGCUCGUUUAUCAGCUAUGGGUACCGACUUCACGUAUACUACCGAUCGUUACCCUCUCCCCUACAAUGAAGUGGAGAUCUGUGACUGUAUGGCCCCCGUCGAUCUUGUCGCCGUACAUACUUGAAUGGUCUUGGUACGACGAUUCCUCGGUGAUGGAUGAGGUUAGCAUAUUCGGUCUUUGUAUUCACCCUUGCGGGUGUAAACGUUUGAUUGGUGGAAGUGUUGUUCGUAUUGGCCGAGUUUGUUGACUGUGGUCGCUGUCCUGAGAGUGGUAUUGAUAAGUGGCAUACCUAAAUUGCAUACAACAUCUGAGGUUGAUGAAAGAGGCGGCAAAUAAGAUCAUGAAAUGACAAGGUUUUGG